AUGGAUGACUUCACGUCCGCCUUCCUUUCUAGGGGAAAGGAUGAGUUAAAGGACGUGGAAGCUAGUAUCUCUUACACUCCAUUUGGUGUCGAAGCGCAGAAUUCGGAAGUGUCUACUAAUGCUGAAUCCUUACGACAGCAAUCUGCAGAUAUUGAACCGGAUACUGUUAAGCAGUGGCGGCAUGAGUAUCACACAAACAUUGAGAAAAAAGACGCUAAUGAGGCCGCGAAGGAUAAAGCGAUGAAGGAGUGCGCCGCUAAGGAAUUAGCUGAGUGGCAGACUUGGCACAAGAAGAAUUUGAUUGAGGCGCAUAAACGAAAUCUGGCUCACGAAGAGGAGCUGCAAGCUCAGAGAGACAAGACGAUGCUCCUUUCCCAAUCCGUCUCAAAUGUUAACUCAUCGGACUCCGCUAUUUGGGAGCGUGUAUGUCAGCUCUGUGAUCUCACGGUUCCCACAUGGUCUGGGGACUCUGUCUUUUCGAAACCAUCGGUGGGUGCCUCAUCUAGCAAGGACGUUACGCGAUUCCGCUCCCUCCUUCUCUCUCUUAAGAACAAUCCUCCCAGGGUAUGCCACUAA